GCACAAAGAAUUACUACAUGAUUGGGUGGUCCAGCAAUACUUCUUAUAGGAGGCAAUCAUUGAACAGUGUUGUAAAUUGCAAGUGCAAGUUACCCAGGUCCCUACCCAGAAAAUAAAAAAUAAAUGAAGAUGGAGAGAGAAAAGGAAGGGGUUCAAGAGGUUUGGACAAAGAGAGACAGAAGAAAAGGAGAAGCAACAGACAUAUUAGGUUGCAAGAACAAAAUGUCGUUUGGUGGACCACAGCUAUUCUUUUCUUACUAGAGCAAAGGGCUCAAGGGACACAGGGAAGAAGAAGAGGCUGAGGAAGUAGAUAAAGAUUAGGUCAUAAAGAGCCUUGCAUGCUACGCUCAGUUGUUUGGAUUUGGCUUCAUGAUGAUACUGUCUCAUUGCAGCACAGCUUACAGACUAAAUGAACAUCUCUGGGUCAGGAUCCUACACCGAGUCAGUGAGUGAAUUUAUCCUUCUGGGCUUUCCCUGCAGCCGGGAGAUUCAGAUUGUCUUAUUCACAGUCUUCUCCAUUAUCUACCUCCUGACUCUCAUGGGAAACGGAGCCAUUAUCUGCGCUGUGUGGUGGGAUCAGCAUCUCCACACCCCCAUGUACAUCCUGCUAGGCAAUUUUGCAUUCCUGGAGAUCUGGUAUGUCAACUCCACAGUCUCAAACACUUUGAUCAACUUCCUCUCUGAGACCAAGGCCAUAUCUUUUAUCGGUUGCUUCCUCCAGUUGUAUUUUUUCUUUUCCAUGGGCUCCACUGAGUGCUUUUUUCUUUCUGCAAUGGCUUUUGAUCGAUAUUUUGCCAUCUGUCGUCCUCUCCAUUAUGCCACAAUUAUGACUGGACCACAUUGUUUCAACCUUGUGAUCUCCUGUUGGGUAUGUGGCUUUCUCUGGUAUCUGGUGCCUGUUAUUCUCAUUUCCCAGCUGCCUUUCUGUGGCUCUAAUAUAAUUGACCACUUUGUAUGUGACUCGGGCCCAUUGCUGACCCUUUCAUGUGGUCCUGCCCCCAUGUCCAGGCUUGCCAGCUACACCCUAAGCUCCCUCAUUAUCCUCCUUAGCUUCCUUUUCAUCCUCAUUUCCUAUGCUCUCGUUCUACUUGCUGUGUUUCGUUUACCCUCAGCGUCCAGUCAGCAUAAGGCCUUUUCAACCUGUGGGUCCCACCUGGCUGUGGUACUGCUAUUCUAUGGUACCAUCAUGGUGAUGCAUGUGAGCCCUGGAUCUAGCCACUCCACCUUGAUGCCUAAGAUCAUGACCUUGUUUUAUGCAAUGGUAACUCCACUCUUCAACCCCCUGAUUUACAGUCUUAGGAAUAAGGAGAUGAAAAAUGCUCUAUGGAAAUUUCUGGAGAUGUUUACAAUGUCUUUAAAAGUCUUUGGCAGCAGGGCCAGGAGGAGUAUGGAAUAAUCUAGUUUAGUGUGAUGUGGGUGCAGUAACCACCCUUCUACUCUCUCUCGUUGGCAAAGUCAUUCAUUCAGUAAAUACUCACUGAACGCCUGGAGUUGUGGGUGGAGUUUAAGUGUUAGGGAAGUCUUCAGUCAACAGAACGUAGUAGGGAGGGAGAAGGCCUUGUAUUUCUAUCCAACUUCUAGCUAGAUUCUUUAUCAAUCUAUGGUGAUGUCUUCAAAAACAGAUGGGAUUUUAAGUCAGAAGAUCUGGAUCUGGACUUAAUUUUUCCAUUUAUCAGCUGUGUGCAUUUGGCAUGUCACAACUUCAACUGUAAAAUGGAAAUGGGAAUUUCUACACUACAGAACUGUUAGUAUGAGGUUUUAAUGAGAUAAACGGGUACAAAAAUUUCCUAAAACAAUCCCUGACAUGUAUAAAACACUCAAUAAAUGUUAAUCGAAUAUGAAUUUUGAUUAAUUCUAUGUUCUCCUGUGCUUUGUCAUAAUCAAAAGAAAUCACAGAUCUCCCUAUGAAAGUCACUUCCUAAUUACCUUUGGCAAAGUCCUUUACAACAGACCUCAAUCUUCAGUUGAGACUGAGAGUAGAUAUUGUUCCUCCAUUUCAACUCAAAAUAUCAUGUGUUUCGUUCACAUUAUACUAUAAAAGUGGUCUUUAAACUGGGUUUUGUAUACCCCUGAGGCUACAUGAGAACUUUCCAAGAAGUACAGAAGCAUGAAGAGUUUCAAUUUCUGGAUCCUCAGUUUACAUAUGUCCAUUUUCCUAAAGCCAGUCUAUCAAGGAACAUACCUAUGGUUGAACCUCUAAAUGGUUCUUAUUUCACACAUCCUCUUU